CGCCGCCUUGGUGAACGAUGACGCGCUGGCGCGUCACGGGCAGGGCUUGAAGAUGCGGCGGAUGGCGAGAGAUCGCCGCGGAGCUACGCGAGGCGUCCGGCGACCUUCCGAGGGCUCCGGUGCGGGACGAUGCGGGAUCAGAGCGGGGAAACGGAGCUGAAGACCCUCAAGGCGGCUGUAGCCGCGCGCCUCCUCGGCUGAUCGCUCCCGCGCCCCGUUUCGCUUUCCUUUCUCCCCGGUUCGCGGCGGCGGCGGCGAUGCCGAUAAUGGAGCAGCCGGAGGACGCGCGUCGCUCCCUGAGCCUCCCCAGGGGCCUCUGCUACGCCGUGGGCCACUUUCUGAACGACCUGUGCGCAUCCAUGUGGUUCACGUACCUGCUCGUGUACUACCACUCGGUGCUGGGCUUCCCCAACAAGCACGCGGGCGUCCUGCUGCUCGCGGGCCAGGUGGCGGACGGCUUGUGCACGCCGCUCAUUGGCUACGAGUCGGACCGCGCGGCCGGGUGCUGCAGGUACGGCAAGAGGAAGAGCUGGCAUCUCGUGGGAACCGUCAGCGUGUUGCUGUCCUUCCCGUUCAUCUUCAGCCCGUGUCCUGGGUACGGCGAGUCGUCCCCGCCCUGGGUGGGUCUCAUCUACUUCAUCCCCUUCAUCAUCAUCUUCCAGUUCGGAUGGGCCGCCACGCAGAUCUCCCACCUGUCCCUCAUCCCCGAGCUCGUGUCCAGCGAACAGGCCAAGGUGGAGCUCACCGCCUACAGGUACGCCUGCACCGUGAUGGCCAACAUCACCGUGUACGCCAUCACUUGGCUGCUCUUGCACUUCCAGGCGGGACACGCCACCGACAACCUGAGCAGCCUCGACAUCCCCGUGUUCCAGCACCUGGCUCUGAUUGUGCUGGGCAUCGGGGCCGUUUUCUCGCUCAUCUUCCACCUGGGCACACGCGAGAAGACCAACUUCCCCGCCAGCGCGGUGGAUUCCGCGGGGGAGCGCGAGCCCCUGCUCGCAUCUACCCGGGAGGCGCCGCCCGCCCUCUUGCUGCAGUGGAAGCACUGGCUGAAGGAGCCUGCGUUCUACCAGGUCGCCGUCCUCUACAUGUCCACCCGGCUCAUAGUGAACCUGUCCCAGACGUACAUCUCCAUGUACCUGACCAACUCGCUGCUCCUGCCCAAGAACUACAUCGCCACCAUCCCGCUCGUCAUGUACGUCAGCGGCUUCGUCUGCUCCCUGGCCAUGAAGCCGCUCAGCAAGCUGAUCGGGAGGAGCAUGACGUACUUCGUGGGCCUCCUGCUCAUCCUGGUCUUCUCCUACUGGGUCAUGCUGAGCGAGCGCAUGGGGUCCGAGGUGUACGGCGCCGCAGUGCUGCUCGGCUCCGGCUCGGCCACCAUCCUGGUCAUGUCGCUGUCCAUGACCGCCGAGCUCAUCGGGGAUCAAACGCAAAGUGGCGCCUUCGUCUACGGUGCCAUGAGCUUCACUGACAAGGUGGCCAACGGAUUAGGCGUCAUGAUCAUCCAGGGCCUGCACCCUUGCCACACGGCCGUGUGUUGUGACGCCUGCGUCUGGUACUACCACUACGUCAUGGUGAUCGUCACCGGGGGCGUGGCUUUCGCAGCCGCAUUCGCCCUCUGCACCAUCCUCAUCUGGCCAAUCAGGAUCCGCAGCCGUCUGCCCUGCAUCGCGGGUCUCAUGGGGACGGACGAGCUGGACCGCGGCAGCCUCAACUAGCGCGCGGGCGGACAGGUGGACGGACUACGCGGCGGAGGGGGCGGGCGCCGCUCGUGUCCCGUUUCCCAACUGAAGCGCUUGGACGGUUCCCUCGCCGCCCGGUUCCGGAUCGGCUCUCCUUCGGCGAACCCGUAUCUUCGUUUAGCCCCCCCCCCCCCCCCCCCCCCCCCCCGUGCGUCAAAGGGUUCGCGCGGGAAACGUGACAAAUGUUUUCGCGCACGAGUCAGACGCGCGUCCGUUUGCGAAAGACGUGGAAUUUGCGGAGUUCCUGCAUCGGCAUGGAGCGGCAUCCAGGUGGCAGCAGUCGAUGGGUUUGCGCUUCUGUCCGAUGACCGUUUUUACGCUUCUUACGGAAUAUUUUUAGUUUUUAGGCUGCGUUACUUUUUACUCUCUUGGAUCUGAGAAGGGAAGCGAAGGGGGGGUCCAUGGGGGGAGGCCCCCCCCCCCCCCCGUGUUUACGGGAGAAACGCGCUCGUCGGGGGAAGCGGCUCGACGCACAAACGCGACGGCGGCCGGGAGCGGCGCAACGGCCCAGUUUCCCUUCAGGUCCUCCCGGUCCCGGAUCCGGGGCAGAGCGGCCCUCGCUGGGCUUUCCUGCCGCCCUCCGACGCUCGCUCCGAUUGCCACAUUUUCGAUGAAAGGAAUCGAAAUGAGGCGUGUGUGUGUGUGUGUGUGUGUGUGUGUGUGUCCGCUUUCCACUCCAGAAAUUGUCCACAUCCAACACGGAAUUAUGGGAAAAGUGCAUGUCCCUCCUUUCAGGACCAGUUUGCAAUAAAUUUCCACUGAGCUGCUGGGAAAAAAAAGUCCAGGUAAAGUGGUCCAGGUGGAGAAACAAUGUCUCGAUCGCAGGUUUAUGUUGUGUAAUCGCUGCUUUUAUGCAAACUUUUAUAUAAUUUUUUUUUUUUUAAUCGAAUGAUUGUCUGAGACGAACGUGAUUUAAUGUGACGCUUCUCUCUGGAUGCUGCAAAGUCACUUAAUUUCCUUUUGAUGUUUCUGUUUUAAUCCAAAAUAAAGUGUCUGC